AUGUCCCUCCCACCGUACACCGACGAGAAGGUGCCCCUCGCCGCUGAUGUCGAGGCCGGCGUCGUCGUCGACAACACCAAGGGUCCCAUUGAGGACGACACCGAGCUCCAGGUCGGUGGCGGCGAGCGCAAGCGCUGCACCAUGACCCGCCGCAAGAAGUUUAUCCUCGGCGCCGUGGCCAUCACCACCUUUUUCGCGCUCAAGGGCUGCGCAAAGCGUCACAUGAUGCACGGGCACCAUGGGUUCCUCGACGAGUCGUUUGGCGAGCAGUUCCACCCCGGCUUCGCCCACGGCCGCCCGCCCGCCCCCGGCCUCGAGUUCCACACGUUUGACGGCAGCGAGGGUGCCGAGCCCUUCGUCCGCGUCCCGGCCACGUACGCGCCCUCAUCCAUCUGGGACAUGACCAAUGACGGGCAGGUGUGGCAGACGGCCAACGCGAGCCUGCCGCUCCGCCGCCGUCCUCUCAGCGUCCAGUUUGCCGACGCUGCUGACGCGCGCGUCGUCGUGUCUCGCGGCGACGCCGACAAGGGCGCCGUGUUUGUCGAGUCCACGUGGGAGGGCAAGGGCCCCGCCUCGGGCGUCGAGCUCGCCCUCGGCGCGAGCGACUUCCUCUUCGUCAACGGCAGCCAGGGCGAGCACGUCGUGCACAUUGUCCUGCCUUCCGAGUCCAAGGGCAUCAAGGACCUGAGCGUGUCCGGUGCCAACGUCCGCCUCGAGCUCCACUCGACGGCCGCUGGUGUGCGCUUCAAGCACCUUGCCGUCCACGCCACUGGCAGCGUCCACCUCCCCGAGGUGAUCGCCAAGGCUGUUGAGAUCGAGUCGCCCACUGGUGACAUUGAGGGCCACUUCAAUGUCUCGCGCCACCUCGCGCUCCGCACUGUGACGGGCAACAUCAACGCCACUGUGCACGUCCGCCCUCCUCACCACCACAAGGACCACGACCACGACGGCCACAAGGACCACGACCACGACAAGGAUGACGACGGACACCACGACAAGCACGGCCCUCACCACGGCGACGACCACCACCACAAGCACGGCGAGGAGGAGCGCGCUGUCAUGGGCCGCAUGCCUUGUGGCGGCCAGAAGAAACGCGGCCUCGGUCUCUUUGCCUGGAUCCGCGGUGACCACCCCGACCACCCCAAGCGCCCGCCGUUCCGUCUCCCCGUCUUCAUCCGCGCGACGUCGGUUUCGGGCCACGUCGAGGUUCGUGUCCGCAAGCCUCACUUUGUCUCGACCCACACUGUGGCUCGUUCGGCUACCGGCAACGUCAAGCUCCUUGGUCUGCCCUCGUUCCACGGCUACUUCCGUGCCGCUGCCCGUGUCGGCACUGUCAAGGUCAAGGCUGGCCCCAAGGAGAUCAAGUACUUCCACGAGAAGGAGUCUGAGACGGGCAAGUUUGUCGACGGUAUUGUGAAGCUCGGCAACCACACGCACCACGACCACCCCGACCACCCCGACCACCCCAAGCACCCUGACCACCCUGACCACCCCAAGCACCCCGACCACGGUGACCACGACCACGACGAGCUCAAGGCCCUCCACCACCACGGUGACAAGCACCACCACAAGCACGGCAGCAAGCACGGCGACAAGCACCACCACAAGCACGAGCACGGCCGCGGCUUUGUCGCCAAGUUUGUUGGUGACCGUCUCCACCGCUUCGACCGCAUUGCGGCGUGGCACCACCGCUUCGUCGGCGACGACGACGAGCCCGACCACCCUCGCCACCGCCGCCCGCCUCCGGGCGUCUCGGGCGCGAUUGCGUUCACCGAGGUGGGCGAUGUCGUUCUUAUUCUCUAA